UGUAGUGCUUCUCGAAAGUUUACCAAAAAGAGGAAAGAGAUGAGGUUUUGGGUCUCAUUAUUCUUUCCUUAAAUCAUUUAUAUUCUAUGGCUGCAACUCAACCAAGCCUUUGGGAUCUGGAGAAGCCCAGAAAAGUUCCAGUGAGCAUUACAGUAGAAGCUAAGAAGAAGAAGAAAAUGGUGAGGGGAAAAACUCAGAUGAAAAGGAUAGAGAAUGCAACAAGCAGGCAAGUUACUUUCUCCAAGAGGAGAAGUGGGCUUCUCAAAAAGGCUUUUGAGCUCUCAGUUUUGUGUGAUGCCGAAGUUGCCCUCAUCGUCUUCUCCCCUAAAGGAAAGCUUUAUGAGUUCUCAAGCUCCAGCCCUAGCAAGACAAUAGAACGCUACGAAACGAAUUCCAAGAACAUGGGAGUCCACAAAAGAACAGUUGAACAAAAUAUACAGCAUUUCAAAGAAGAGAUUGCUACAAUGAGCAGAAAUGUAGAUCUUCUUGAAAACACCAAAAGAAAGCUUCUGGGGGAAGGUUUAGAAUCUUGCUCUACUGAUGAGCUGCAACAGAUAGAAGAUCAGUUGGAGCAAAGCUUGAGCAACAUUAGAGCAAGAAAGAAUUUUAUAUACAAGGAAAGAAUUACUAAGCUAAAGGAAGAGGAAGAAACCCUAAGAAGGCAAAAUGCUGAUUUGAGGAAAAGGCUUGAAGUAAAAUCCUUGACUCUCUCAACAGUACAACAAGAUAUUGAUCCCCAGCAGAAAAUAAUGGAAGUGGAGACACAACUAUUUAUUGGGCCUCCUGAAAGAAGCCCUCAUUAGGGAUUGUAUUUUAAAUUUUCAUGUCAUUAAUACUAGUGUGGUUUUCAAAUUUAAUAUAUAUUUUUAUGCAGUUUAUGAACCUCUAAAGUAUGUGUAUGUUAUAAGCUUUACUAAUUACUAUAUGAGUAUGUGCACUAAUAAUCAACUAGAUUAUUCGUGACAAGUUUAGAUGAUUCGGGGUAUUAAGUUUUAGUAUAUGUAAAUAGGAUUUUAAGUA